AUGCCGCCAGAUACCUACGAUACCGUGCCGCAAGACGCAUGUUCGAAAGCGAAUCGAAGACUGACCACGGUGAAAGAGGAGGGUGGUGCUGUGCAGCAAUACGACCCGACGUGGUACCAGGACGAUAGCGAUGUCGAAGGCGUGCAGCUGCCGUCGCCCAAGCGGCAACGGACGGGCUUCGCAUGCCAGGCGUGCAACAUGUCCUUCACGGAGAAGAGAGCGCUUGCGAGGCACAAGAAGACAGACCACCAUCGGAAGCAGCUCGGGCUGCCGCCCGACCGGAAGCAUGCUUGCCACCUCUGCGGGAAAUGCUUCACUCGUGGUCACGAUUUGAAGCGACACCAGACCGAGCAGCACAAAGACGCUGCGUCGUCCAGCGGUGGCAUGGAACUGUCGUCAGGAAGUUCGGAUACCAGCACAGAACACGCCACCUCGGAAGAACCGCCAUCCUUUCCACGUCCUGCACGGGGCUUGUCUGGUCCCGCGAGUCCAACGCUCGCCCCUCUCAGUGAAGGCCUCAUCUUAUCGCCUGAAGACGCCACGCUUCUGGAAUCGGCAUACCCAUUCGUCGCCACUGGCGACGACCACCGCUUCGACGAAGAUGUUAUCAUGUCGGGAUCACUGCCUUCAGAACAGCCACCAUCCAAAGAGAGACAGCGAUUUCUUGCGGUGCCCGAUGACGAGAUGUUCCGUGAGUAUACCGAGGACACUGAAACUUCAGAAUCUCCCCUCAGAAGUGACCUCGAUAAGAAGGCGAAGUCGCCACCAAGUGGACCAUCAUCAUCAGGUCCAUCGCCAUCCGGAAUGCGAUCCGCUGGUCUUUCUCCAUCCGGCGUGCCAUCUUCUGGCCAGCCUUCAUCAGGCUUACGAACACAGGUAUCGCUACCCGAUCUGCAGCGCCCUACUCACCAUCCCUCGCGGAGCGUCGAAAGCUCAUGGCAUCCAAUGCUAUGUAUCAUUUGCGGCGAUGCAUUCGAAGAUGACUCCGAUGAACUGCUCAGGCAUCUCAAGCGCCAUCUGGACCGCUUCAAGGGCCAAUACCGCUGCAAGGACUGCGAGAUCGAUUUUGUGCACGAAGAAGACCUGGCGAAACAUGUUCUGAGCGCUACGACGGAAGGCCACUGCGGAUUCAACUUUCCUCACUCAUGUACUGGCCACCAUCCGCCUACACCGGCCGACAAUGUAGAGGUAUUCUCGGACUACGAUAGGGCCAGACUGUGCGUGCGCUUGCAAAAUUGGGAACAAGCUCAGUUGCAAGCCUACAUUGCAGAAGUCAGCGAUCUAACAACUUCUCGGUCGAACAAGAAUUUCACGCGCUGGUCCGACGUUCUUCGGGGCAGCUCGAGACGGAACUCAUUCGCCAGCUUUGCUAUUUCUGUCAAUUCCUACGCCACUGCGCCGUGCGACGUCUCUGCCGAGGGCAAGACUGACAUUGGGGGCCUGCAGAAGCGCCUCCAGCAGAUGUCCCUGGGUAAGGGCGCUGGCGCUCGUGUAAAGCGAUUAGUCCUCUCGGGCUCGAGGGAGGAUCUGCGCUCCAAAACCGUCGACCGGUCAUUGCAAAAGGCAGUCAAGCACAACGACGUCCACAAGGUCGAAAAGCUCCUGGAUAUGGGCGGCGAUCCUGCCAUCGUCCACGGAACAGAAGGCCCAUUCAUCGCCAAGGCCCUCUGGGGCUACGGACAAGUCUCCGGCCUCCUGGCGGAACAUCGUCUCGACGAAGACAUCAUGGGCGGCUGUUCAGUCUGCCACACGGCCACGGAUGCCUUCGACAAAGGCUCCAGCAAAAUCCGCGCUCUCCUACGGCACGGUGCCGAUGCGAACCAAUCCGGCGGCUUACGAGGUUUCCCGCUCGCAACAGCCGCCUGGCUGGGCAAAGUCGACAUCGUCAAGCAACUCCUAGACCACGGCGCCGACGUGCACAAUUCCGGCGGCAAAUUCGGCAACGCGCUCUGCGCAGCAGCCAGUGAAGCCGGCCACGCCGGCCACGCCGACGUCAUCCGCCUCCUCGUCUCCCGCGGCGCCAGAGUCGACUCCCACGGCCCCGAAGGCAGCGCGCUCAGCCUCGCACGCGGGCGCCGCGAAGUCCUCGUCCGCCGCCUCAUGCGCAGGAAUAACAACGACGAAGAAGCGGAAGAUAAAGAUGUCGAAGAACCCCGCGGCGGCAGUCUGUCCUAUUGCGACGAGGUCAUUCGGAUUUUGGAGGGGAGGGAUUGGAGCCAUGUCAAACGGCCUUCGACUGCCGGAGCGGGUGGUUGUCGGGAAGAACGUGGCGGUGGUCGUGGUGGUGGUGGUAAUGGUGGGACCAAGGGCAGUGGGGGCAAGGGGAUCAAAUUGAAUCCUACACCGAGUCAGUCGGGCAUGACGUUUGCUAGGUAUUGGACUGUGGAUAGUUGA